UGUUUGUCUACCGAUAUGCUUCGUACCUACAUAAUACAGAGUACAGAUUACAGUGAUCUAUGUGACUAUUUCAUAUUUUAUGACCCGGUACAUUUUUGGUGUCAAGCGCGACUGCACAGAAGACGUAAAACGAUGGCGGGAUGCGCGCUGAUGGCCGGUGUGAUACUGUUGUACCUGAUUGUGAUUAUGCGACAAAACGCUUACGUUGCUGCAGACGAUGUCAGUGAUACCACCAAACAGUUGUACUUCGUUAAAUCAUAUAAAUGUAUCAACAAUACAUGUGUCGUCAGCAAAUUGUCUUCAAUAGAAAAAGAGAACAACGGAGUCGAUGGUUCUCUAGACGUUUGCCGUUUAACCUGUGGACGCUAUGGAUCACUUUGGCCGAAACCAUCAGUCGAUACAACGAUAAGAAACUCUAUAAUCGAAUUCGGUAUCGAUAAUGUUAAAUUUGAUACAUCCAAGAUGGCUGACCAAUUGAGCAGAGAAUACAUGUCAGAAGCUUCUCAAGUUUUUAUAUCAUCUCUAAAAAUACUAUGUAUCCCAAAUUGUGUUUCUAAUGCAAUAACUUCGAUAAUAUCUAUAACUACAAGUAAUCCAUUUGAUUAUAUUAAAUUGACAACAAACGAAAGUUAUAGUUUGAAAAUAAAUACUGAGGGAAACAGUUUAUUUAUUAAUAUCGAAGCAAAGACCGUUUAUGGAGCGAGAAAUGGAUUGGAAACUUUAAGACAACUUGUUGCUACAUAUGGCUCUAGUUUGUCUGAAAAAAAAUUGGUGAUGGCCAGCGAUGUUCAAAUAAGUGAUCGACCUAUGUACGCAUACCGUGGUUUUAUGCUGGAUACUGCCAGGCAUUAUUUCCCAAUGUCAACUAUUAAGCGACAUAUCGAUGCUAUGGCUCAUUCCAAACUGAAUGUAUUUCACUGGCACGCCACCGAUUCUCAUAGUUUUCCGUUGGACUUACCUAGCGCACCAUUAAUGUCGAAAUAUGGUGCUUAUAGCCCCGACGAAAAAUAUUCUUUCCAAGAAAUUAAGGAUCUUCUAAGAUAUAUAUUAUGUAUUAUGUAUACAUAAUACAUUAUAUUAAUAGAUUGGAAUAUCAGUCAUUAAUAUCAAAGCAAAACCCUAUUACAGAACAAGAAUUAUAGAAGAAGGUCUACGGCAAGGUUUUAUAACGAGAAUACUUGAGGUUCCAGUUUGGAAACACAUCGGUGACGAUUGAAUGGCGU